AUCAUGGAUUCUUCUAAUCAUCGUUGUUCCAAAUGUGUCUGUCAUGAUCGAAGGUGUAACAGUCGCAUCUUUAGCUCUCAAGAGUGGAAUGAACAACAAAAGAAUGAGCAAAAAAUUUCAUCUUCUUUAGUCGCUGUCGACUGUCGAAUCAAUAUUCUUUCCCAAGAGAUUAAUGCUCUUCAAAGUCGAUUGUCCUCCUUGCAGCGAGAAUUAUCUCUUUCACUAGUGGAACAUGCCCAAUUGCGGAAGCAUCAUCAGUUCUUGAAAGAACGCGGUCGUCAAAUGUUGCUCCACAAUUCGUCGAUUAUCAAGAGCUCCGCUUCUGAACAUUCUGUUUCUUUAACUGCCUCUUCUGAGCUCCCCAAUUUAUCUGAGAGUCAGAUGAGUGAGAUUCUUCACUGGUCUCCGGGUCCAUCUGAGCUUGUCGCUGUUGAUGAAAUUCUCGAAUCUUCUCAUGGCAAUUUGUCAAGUUCUUGA